AUGAAGUACGCUCUGCUCUUCAACGCAUUCACGGCCGUCUGCGUCGCAAAGGGACAGCCAAAGCUCUGCGGGUCCGACAAGCACAACAGUAUCCAGCAAGCCAUCGGCAAAUUCUGUCAGAAGACCAAUAUCGUCGUGCCUUCGACCUACGCAACCAAUGGCAUGAGGGGCAAUGAUGGCAAAGGGUUUGUCUCUAUUGAAGGUAAGAUCUCUGUCCGAAUCGUCAAAUUGGAUUGCGGCUGACUUAGAUACUUCAGGCACUUGCCACCCUCCACAGUGGGUUCCACAAGAGUACUGCAUGGAGCAGUUCAACAAUAUGUGCGCGAAUGAGGAGGUGACGAAGAAGUUUGGACGGAAUGGAUGUCAGACUUGGAUCACCUAUGGGCCCGCGUAG